AUGGGGACAAAAAAGGACACAUCGAACUUCUUCACCACUGAGAUAGAGAGGAGUCAGUACUGGGAGGAUUAUCUCACUGCACGGCCGGACUAUACCCAGGAUGACUUUUACGCGCGCGUGCUGGAGUAUCACCGCUCACAUCAGGACAAAUCGUCUACUGACAGAACCAUCGCCCACGACGUCGGCACCGGACCGGGACAAGUGGCAGCCGUGCUGUCGGGUCACUUCGACUCCAUCGUGGCCAGCGACCUGAACGAAAGCCAUCUCGCCAUCGCCCAAAAGCGCCUUGCAAGCUCGCUAGACAGCGCAGCCCUCGCCAAGAUCACUUUUGAGCGCCUCGCUGCCGAAGAGGUUCAUGCAGCCGGCCCAUCCGGAUCUGCAGCCUUCGUCGCCGUAGGAGAAACCAUGCCGCUCUUGGACCAUGCAAAGGCUUUCAAGUCUUGGGCUACGUUGCUUCGGCCCGGUGGCACGUUGGCCAUAUGGUUUUACGGGCGUCCGCAUUUCACAGCUGCACAAGGGUAUGACGCUGCGGCGUGUCAGCAGAUCUACGAUAGACUUGCAGACGCCAUGUUCACCAAGCAUAUACAGAAAGAAGCCGGGCCAGCGUACAAAGCGGGCUGGAAACGGGCGACGGACUGCAUGUCUAGUUUCCUGGACAACGUGGACUUAGAUCCUGAGCAGUGGAAGGACGUGCAGCGGUGGAAAUGGAACAGUGGCUUGGAAAUGUCAUUCUAUGGACCUGGGGCUUGUGACUUUGACGUCGAGGUUGUCAGUCGCAUUCGUGGUGAAGAGCAGGUGGAGUUGGUGAACGACCCUGGAUUUUGGAGCAAGAGUUGGGCUGUACAGGACUGGAUGCUGUUCUUGAAGAUGAACCUACCGGCCUUCAGGCAGGAAGAUGUGACUUCGGAUAUCGAGGAUCUUUGGGCAGAACUGGGAAAGCAAAUGGGUGGACCUGACGUUCGUCAUGGAGUUAGUUGGCCUGUUGUUGUGAUUCUGGCGUCGAAAGCUUAG